CACACGGCAGCUCGCUCCCGGUCACCGGGGCCCAAGCAGCCUCAGCUGGGCCCCAGGAGGGAGGCGCCAGGCCCGGCCCUCCCCGGCCAGCACCAGCGUCUCGGGGGGCCAGUGUGGCGGGCAUGGCGGCGCUGCGGGCGCGCACCGUGCUGCUGACCGGCUCCAACCGGGGCAUCGGGCUGGAGCUGGUGAAGCAGCUGCUCGGGGGGCCUCGCCCGCCCGCAUGGAUCUUUGCGACGUGUCGGGACCCCGAGGGGCCGCGGGCGCAGGAGCUGAGAGAUCUGGCGUCCAGACACCCAAACCUGGUUCUUGUGAAGCUGGAUGUUGCAAAUCCCUCAGCUAUUGCCGAUGCAGCGAAGAUUGUGGAGGGGAAGCUGAACGGCGCAGGCCUGAACCUGCUGAUAAACAACGCUGGCAUCUAUGCCCAGGUGUCGCUGGAGACGGUGGACUCUGAGGAGAUGAUAAGGACAUACAAGACCAACGCGGUGGGGCCGCUGCUGAUGGCCCAGGCGUUCCUGCCCUUGUUGAAGAAGGCUGCCCGGAACAGCACGGAGAAGGGGCUGAGCUGCAGCAAGGCAGCCAUCAUCAACAUCUCCACCGUCAUGGGAUCCAUCGAGAAAACUUCCGAGUCCUUCUGCAAGCCCGUCAUCUCCUACCGCUGCAGCAAGGCUGCCCUCAACAUGCUCACCAAGUGCCAGGCUCUGACCUAUGGGGAGGCCGGGAUCCUCUGCGUGGCGCUUCACCCUGGCUGGGUGAAAACCGACAUGGGCACCCAGGAGGCUGACCUGACGGUGGACACGAGUGUGCGGGGGCUGCUCUCUGUGCUACCCGUCCUCUCUGAGAAGCACAGCGGGAAUCUGCUCAACUGGGAAGGCAAAGUGAUUCCUUGGUGAUCCCCUGCAAGGGACCGUGCAGUGCCAGGGGGUCUCUGGGUGCCCAAAUCACCAGGGUGCUCAGCCCCCUGGGGCCUGCAGGUGACCUACUUAGGACUCUGCCACCAGGCGUGCAGGGCAGUCUGUGAGCCCUGCAUCCGAGUCGCUAAUAAAUGCAGUCACAAGUCGA